CUUACAAACGAUUUUAAACCACAAUCAAGCUUCAGUGAAUUGACUUUGCCUCCGGGCCGUUUUGAUUAUUAUUCGAACCACAGCUCCAUUCGGAUCAGUCGAUAUUCACUCCAGCCACUAAUAACUGGUGGGCACUUUAGCUGCCGUGCAAAAACUUCGGAAACUCGAAUUUAGCAAUUCAGCAACCAGCUUUGUUUCAAUAUGGGGGACAUGUCCAUGGUGAAGACUUUGCAGAUUUGGAAAGAUGGUGUGAAUUUUAUGGAGAAGGGCAACUAUGAGGAGGCACUUACAAACUUUAUGGCUCUAGAAGGAAGGACCGAUUCUUCUCAGCAACUGAUCACUUCAGGCAGAAAUCUGUUUAAUAUUGGACAAAUGUAUCGUGGUCUUGAUAGAAUGGAGAUGGCCGCAAAGAGUUUUGAAGAGUCUAUAGAAAAAGACAAAAUGUCGGCAGUUACUCAUUUUCUGCUGGGGAACACCAACUUGGCUUUGAACAGAAAUGACGAGGCACUGAAGAACUUUAAUGAUGCUCAUUCCUUUCUCCGUGGAAAUAAAUUGAUAACUUAUUAUCCAUUAGGCUUAAAAGCCAAACUUUACUUGUGUGAGAUUCUGGUCAACCGGGCUAUUGCUAAAUCCAGACUUGCUGAUACUCAAGAAGCCAAAAGUGACUUUUUGAAGGCUUUACAAGCCAAGGUGGAGCCACGUCAUCGUGCAAUUGACGACUUCCUUGAUUCCUGGGAGUCUGGAAAAGAAGUAGAGCCUUAUGACUUACCCUCUCGCGUUGUAUAUCAACCACAAAAACGUCAAAUUGAUGCAAUCAGCAUGAAACAAAAUAUCGUGGGCCACUCCAAGGUUGUUGUUGAAAGAGAAAUGACUAGGUUUCCUGAUUCACGUUUGGAGUCAAAAAAGACAAGUCCUCGUUCACCGACGAAUCCUUCCAAAGACCUGGGAGAUGAACAACGUUUGGAACAGCAUCAGCCUGCAGCUAAACAGGCGGUAUCAAAAGGACAUGCCCUGUCAAAAGAAAUCCAGGAAAAAGAAUCAAAUGGUGUUCUAAAAGAAGUCUCCACUGAAGCAAAGGCAGAGAAAAACCUGUCUCCAGGCCACCUUCAGAACCCAGUCAGCCCUGGUCAAUCUCAAGCUUCACCAGGAGAUUCUUCUACAGGCGGCGGUAGGAUCGGAAAUCGUUCACCGUUUACUCAGCGGAAAAAAAUGGUGGGCUCUUUACCCAAGACACCAUCAUGGUCCUCUAAUGAAGUAGACGCACCCCCUACGAAACCCCUUCCUCCGGCUCCAAAAUCAAGAAAUUCUGACUUAACGCAGCAAUCAUCAAGCAAAACACGUGAUAUCACAUUGGUUCUCACGCGAACUGUUAAAGUUGACCAAUCAGCCUCCACCCAGGACCUUUUGAUAGCCGCGGCCAAUACUUUUCAACUGUCCAAGGAUUCAUUUGCAUUAUGGUGCAUGAAGAAUACAAAGCUGUCAGUCCUUCAAGAUCAGGAUCUGGAGGAAAUCCUGCAGUCACCGUUAGAAAGCGCCCCAAAAGUUUACUGUUACCUGAAUAAACCGAAGUAGAGAACAUUUGACUGCAGCAGUUUACAUAACAAUAUCGAUUAAUUUUUCUGCUCUCUUAGGCGUCUUAUAAACGAUCAAAUAUCCUGUCAUUUGCUAAAUGAAUGGAAUUCGUUAUGUUCUCUGCAACGCAUCAGUUUAGUUCUAGCUAAUCGCAUAAUUUUGAAAUGCGCUUGCUAUGGUUGCAAUCUUGAAAUCAAGCAGUGCAACAUAUUUUACAUAAAUGGUUAAGAAAAGUAGAAGACCAAACUGGUGGGUAGCGUGAUUUUUGCGCGGUUAGCAAAGCGGAAAGAGAAUACUUCAAUAUCGAAAACCAGGUGUGUAAUAAGUACGUCAAACAAGGAGGCGGACAGUGCACUUAAUAAAAAGCAUUUUUCACCAAUAAAUUUUUGUUAAAACGUG